UUCACGAACUGGGCCCGUCAAUUAUAUCGUAUACCUUCAAUCAUUUAAGAUUCUCACUUGCCUAUUCGUGUGCAUCAAAAAAAGUCUUUAUCCAUAAGUGGCCAAGGGCCUCUUCAUUGCCAGUAUGGCGAACCACGUUGGCAAUACCUCCUGGGGUGGUAACCAGGACAUCGAUGAGUAUGGGCUACAAGUGAAGCCCAUGGGGCUAAAAGUCCAAUAUACUUUCGACAAAGAUUGCCAAGAACGAUGUCUCGCCCGAUGGCCUCAUGUUCUUCAAGUCCAAACGAUCCCGAUGGAUGAACAGAACCGUAUUGGUGUUAUUGACCUAAAGCCAUGCCUGCAGGCAGUGGCUCAAUGCAGUCCAGAGCUGAUUGGUAGUGAUGAAAAGGACUACACCGUCUACGCCUUUGAUUAUUCUGAACCCGACGUCCCCUUAGUUGGACAGGGCAUGUUGAGCUGGGGCCUCGAUCAAGGACCCAAUUCGUCUAAUACUCCACAGUUAGUUACGGGGCGCAUCACGAAGAAUCUACUCGCUGCUUUCGGAACUGGCGUCAGAGAGACUCUCGAAGUUAGACUGAAAUUGACCCCAGUUCCAAGAAUCGCACGAAACAGUUCAACCUCAGCGGCUGGCAUAGAACCGAUUACCGCUCCAAGAACAUCAACACCUACCCCCUCAGAGAAUACCGAAUGGAAUUCAUUCAACCAAUCCCAUUCAAAUCUAACCCAACCCCAAGGAACACCUAUUUAUUCCGCUCCAGUUCCUACGCCCAUUCAACCUUUUUACCCGAAUCACGAGCCUAGAGCCAAUACACCCAUAUCGAACUUUCAAGGGCCAAGAUCAGCGCCGGGGAGCCGUCCAGCCUCGGUCGAGCCAGGUGUUAGAGAGUUCCAUGGUCCGGCUUCAGUUCAGGGACCUGCUCCCCAAAAGCAAGGCAUGGUCGUGGAGGAGUCGGCAAGGGCGUCGGCACCGGCUAAGGGGGGUAAAGCACAGUCACGUCCAGCUUCUAGGGCAUCAAGCCGCCCCCCAUCAGGACGGCCUAGGGGACGACCACGAAAGAAGCCUCUUCCGGCUGAGGGUAGUACAUCGGGAUACGAAGACGGCACUGAUGCGGAUGACGGACCACCGCGAAGCAAGAAGAGGGCUACAAUGACUAAAGCUGAACGUAGCAAUACUGCUACGUUCGGCUCUGUACAGGAGUCACUUCGAGUUGUUGCCAGUACCGCGGGAUCGAUUCGAAAUUUCCGGCCCAUUGCCUCCGCGGGAGAUGUUCCUGCAGGCCAAGAGAUCCCGCGAGCUCCAACGCCCGUCCCCGACUCUCGUUUUUCAGGCCUUCCGCAAGCACGACCUUUAGCUCCUAGUGGCCUAAGACGCGAAUCGAUAUCAAGUUCAGGGAUGGACCGCUCUUUCACGCCAUCUUUCCUAGAACCCAAUCCGUCUAUGUCCCAAAGUCAGGACGCUCGAUCUCCUGUGGAGUCUGCGGGUGCGUCGCCAUCUCAUACAUAUUCCGAUGGACCUAGUCCCGACAUCGGAUCAUCACCCCCGGUCCCACGAUCUGCAUUAUACAGUAGUAUGCGAUCGAGCCCAGCCCCUUCGAGCCCCAUCCUGCCGCCGAUGCCCAUAGCAAUGCCACAGCCCGAUUCAGGAUAUAUGAGUGGAGGGUUAGACAGCCGAAUAGAGGAGGAAACUAACGCAGCACGUAAGGCCCCCGUGGUAGCGAAGCCGAAGCCCCGUCGAAGUCGUGCAAAAAAAGCGCCAGCCAAAAUUCAAAGUGACCUCAUCAUCCAUACAGAAACCCCUGGGCCCCCCGAGUUGUUGCCCCAAACGUCGAUAUAUAACCCACCUCAUCUGAGUCGAAAAACCAGCGAAGCUGCGAAAAUACCCGUGGUUUCUGAACCCCCGUGCUUGCUGGCUGAAAGAGUAGAGACGGAAGCUAUUGAACAGCAGCGCUUAGAAAAAGGAGUCUCGCCAGAAAAUACAGCCACGCAAGGGAAUAUAUCAAACCCAGAGAUGGCUCAAAUAGAUGAUUUGAUGGAGGAUCAGAGCCAACAUCUAGAGUCUUUGAACAGUGGGCUCUCAAUUACUCGAGCUCCUGAAGAUUUAUCAAAAUACGAUAACGUACAACCUACUACAGAGACCGCCAAUAGCCAAAUAGAACCACCUACUCUUCGGGAAAGCCGGGAGACGCCACCAGAACCCGAGCUUCCGGCGGUACCUGCAAGUGAUCCUAUUCUUCCUCAAUUAACGUUUCCUACGCUUCACUCAGAGCCUGCACACCCCCAGACUGAUGCCAUCGGACCUACCGAUGGAAAGUCAAAUAAGAACUUUGUCAAAAGACAGACAAUCCGUCAGAAAUUAGAAGAAGCUGUUGCUCAAGGUCAACUACCAUCAUUUUGUCGCAACUGUGGAGCUCUGCAGACGCCAACGUGGCGAAAAAUUUGGAAACAGGAACAUAAAGGUAUUCCGGCGUAUCAUGAAUAUUCGGAGAAACCAGGUUAUGUUACUGCCAUUAAUGUUCUUGAGAGAGAUACCGAAGGCAAAGUGACCUCGUACGAAAUUAUUAAGAAGUCUUUAGGUCCAAAGGACAGCAAAAGCGCGUGGAACGAAGUAUUACUCUGCAAUCCUUGUGGUAUUUGGUUUAGCAAGUUCAAGCAGCACAGGCCAGCAGAGAAAUGGGAAAAGGACGAGCAAAGGCUCUCUCAAACGCGGAAGAAGAGGGCGAAUGGUACCGCACCACCUCGUUCGAAGAAGGCACGCACAAAGAGCGAUUCCCAGACGAAUUUAACUUCAGAAGCUUGCCUACCCACAGAUCCUCUCGGACCGUUAGAUGGAUCCUUAUCUCCAAAAAAUUCAGUGGCUGAGUCGCUCAGCCAGGCACAACAGCAAGAUCUUGUGAUGAACCCGAGGAAGGGAGGUGGGAAAUCCGGUUUGGAAGCAAACUGCGGCUCGACACAUUCUCGGGGAUCCACACACUCGAGGGGAAGCGGUACUCCCGGCAGCCCCAUUGCUCUUGAUGAUGAUCUCGGAGUUACUCGACGACUUCUUUUCCCAUCCCCCCGCAAAGACGGAGAGCAGAGGAUUCUGGGUGAAGCUGUUAUUAAUAUUGUGCAGACACCAGUUGAAUAUCCAGACGCAAGAGGCGGGCGCAAGCUAGAGAAAGAGAAUAGCGAUCCAGCAAUGAUUGGAGGAGAGGCUUCUGUGGAAGAUGACUUUGUGGACAUUUUCGGUACUCCUCCCCGGCCUUCAACACCGCCACCAAAAACCAACCACGGUGGUCCCUUUAAGACACCAACUCGUCCAACUCCAAGCCAUCGACCGGUCACUAGAAGUGUUACCAGAUCUAUGCGCUCUGGCAGAUCGCUCAACUCUCCAAGCCAAAUUCUAAUGUCACAACGUACUCCGACUCGAACACCUCGCUCCAGUGGUGUUAAGCGCAAUUCACCGGGCGGUCUUCUACCUUCGCACCUCCUGGAUAGUCAGAUUUUCGACACGCCACUAUCGCGAUCCAUCAACCAACUGAUGCCUGAUAUCAGUCAGUUCAAUAUACCGAUACCGUCAUCCCCUAAUUUUCAACUAGAUCUAAGCUCUCUUGCGCCGCUGGAGGAAGAGCUUAACCGCGCACCUUUAGACUUUGGCAACUUAUUCACGAUCGAUGUAGCCCAGCGUAGUUCACCUUCUACGCGAAAUGAAGACCAAGGAGAGAACUUCGGCCGACGCAUCACUUAUGAUAGACACGGAGAUGAAUGGACUGAGAUGGAUACGGAAUACUAACAGAGCGAAAUGAGAUGACAACGACGCCUGACGAGCAUUUUAUGCACAUCUACGAUUACGUGUUGAUUCACUUUCGGCUUUCUGC